CUAAGUCUUUGUCUAAGAUAAUAUUAUCCCGGAUAGAACAUGUUAAAGAAAGACAGGUAUCUAUCGGUGACGAUCACGCGUAUCUUUAUGAAAUUUAUUGGCUUCUGGUACGUCGAAACUUGGCGGGAACAAAUGUUCCUUCAUUUAGCCCUUGGCUACGCCAUUCUAGCAAUUUGCUUUGCAAUUGUCGUAGAAGUCGUUGACCUCUAUCACUGCUUAGGUGACUUUUACGCAUUAACUUACAAUUUAUGUGCUACGAUGCUUUUGAUCAUGAUACUCGUGAAAUUCGGCAAUUUUAUAUACUAUCGUAGUAUCGUUUUAAAGCUUAUACGUUACGCCGAGGAUAACUUUUGGAAGAUCAAAUACGACGAGAUCAAUGCUAAGAUAUUGGAGGAAUACGACAAACGUGGUGUCCUCAUGACUUUUACUUUUACGUUGAUCGUACAAUUAGCGAGCUUUAAUUACAUCAUUGCACCUAUUUUCGAAAAUAUUGGAAGAAACGAGACCGAUCGGGUGUUGCCUUUUAAAUUGUGGGUUAAUUUACCGAUUAAAGUUACGCCUUAUUACGAGAUAACUUACACGAUUCAGUCGCUUUCGACGUUUCAUUCCGGAAUUUGUACAUUUUGUUUCGACAAUUUCAUUUGCACCUUCAACAUACACGUAGCGGCACAGUUAAAGAUAUUAGCGCACAGAUUGGAAAUGAUCUCUGAAAGGUAUAUCAACUCCAUGAUGAAUGAUACGUCAAUGCCUAUAGAGAAGGCCAGUGAGCUCGCGUUAAUAGACUUACGAGAUUGCGUGUUGCAACAUCGUGAAUUAAUUUCUUACAUUAAUGAGAUGGAACGUGCGUUUACUGUUAUUUUGUUCGGUCAAUUGACAUUAUCAAGUUUGGUUAUAUGUUUCGGAGGCUUUCAAUUUCUUGCCGCUAAAGUCUUGGUUAGGAAAUGCAUAUUCGCCAUUUACUUCGCUGGAAGCCUUUCUCAGCUCCUUAUAUACACUUGGACGUGCAACGAUAUAAUAGUGCAAAGUUCAGGACUCUCAGAAGCAGUGUAUAACUCUCGUUGGUAUCUUGUGCCAAACGAGGGAAAAGGGAAAGCGUUAAAAUACGGUGUAAGCAUGAUCAUGCUUAGGUCACGUCGGCCCUGUGCCUUGACGGCUGGAGGAUUCGCUGUAAUGUCCUUGGAAACCUUUACCGGGAUACUGAGUUCGUCGAUGUCAUAUUUCACUUUAUUAAGACAAAUGAGCGAAGAGGAAUAGUAAUCUUAAGGGAUAAUGUAAAUUUAUAAGAUUGAUGAUUAGAAUAUCUGUGAAAAAAAGGGAAAUAAAACGAAA